CCGAAAUUCAAAGGACGCACCUAUAUCGGCUACACGGUAGAUCCGAACCGUCGAAUAAAACAGCAUAACGGCGGACGCGAUGCCGGCGGUGCAAGACACACCUCAAACCGGGGACCAUGGAUAAUGGUGAUGAUCAUACAUGGGUUUCCAAACAACAUAUCGGCGCUACGCUUCGAAUGGGCUUGGCAGCAGCCUCGUGUUUCGCGUCGGUUAAAGCAAAUACCGGAGCUGCAGAAAAAGCUUCGCAAGGAAUCAAACUUCGAGUACAACUUUCGUAUACUUUCCGAAAUGCUCCGGAUAGGCCCGUGGAAUCGGUUGCCGCUCACGAUUCGCUGGUUUGCGGAUGAUUUUCACCGUGAUUUCGAGGCCGGAAAGUCACCACCCUUGCACAUGCCCAUCUGCUUCGGUCGCGUAAAGAAGAUGAGCGGAAAGAAAGAAAAGAAAAAGGAGGUAAAAGACGCCGAAAAGAAAUCGGACCGCCCAAAAAGUGGAAAAAUAGACGUCAAUUACGAUUUCGACGAGUAUGACUUGCUGGUAAUGGGAGGUGCGAAAAUGGGCGAUGAUGUAAAACUCAGUGCGCAACGGUUGCUGGACGGCGGCGUCGUGGACAAUAUAGCAAUUAGUUCCGAAUCGGAAGAUGAUGGUGACGCUCCAACAGUGGGGAGCGUUCCCGAAGACCGUCGAACUGAUUGUGUUCUUUGUCGCCAGCCAUUAGCUGGCGAAGGAGAGCAAAAAGAUGCGGAACUAGCUUUACGGUGCAUUCAGCCACGAUGUCACCUCAUUUCUCAUCUGGCAUGCUUAGCUGAAAGGGUAUUAGAACCAGGUCAGUACGUUCCCGUCGAGGGCGAUUGCCCCAUCUGUGAGACACAUUUUUUGUGGGGUGACGUCAUACGAAAGUCGAACGGUUGUAGCGAUUUGGUGGAGGACGUCGAUAGCGUAGCUCCGCUUGAAGUUUACGAUGUAUCGGAUGAAGAUGUACCAUGAAUUACAUAAAUUAAACGAAGAAGAAAUAAACUAUUUUGCCUAAUU